ACAUUUGUUUUAUUUUGUAAUUUAAGUCGGUAGUGGUACCUAAUAUUCUUUCCUGUUUGCGAAUCCAAGAGCUACGCAGUCAGUGCCAACGUCAGCCCGCAUCGUGUUGUUUUGAUCACGCCUAACACCUCAAUAACAGGCAUCUUUUGAAAGAACCCAAAUACGAACGUAAUAUUGUGCACAUGUUUAUUUGCGUAGUGUUAUUGUAGGUAAUUACUUUAGAAGACUGUGAGCUUCCCGGCUUGUCCCAACUUACGACGGAGAUCACUACGUCAUGUUCAAGGAAACAAUUAAACAAUAUAAAGACUAACACGAUCACUCGAAUUAUUCAGUCUUACAAAGGCUUCGGUUCGAAAAGUCACAGUUUGAAUUAAUUAAAAAAUCAAAUCAAAGAUGUUCAAAAUGGCCGCUUGUUCCUGUGUUUUCAUUAUAAUAAUCGUUUUGUAUAUUAACGGAGUGACGGGCAGCUGGUUUACUGACGACUCUGCUGUUAAUAUCGAUAAAGACGUACUAGAUAUUCAAAGUGAAACAAUAGCAAGGAAGAAGUUCGACUUCAUCUUUCCUGGUACAAAAUGGUGCGGUAAAGGGGACAUAGCGAAGAACUACGAGGACUUGGGCUCAGCGCGCGAGACUGACAUGUGCUGUCGGGAGCACGACCACUGCACUGAUCUCAUACUCGCCGGGGAGACCAAGCACGGCCUCACCAACGACGCCUUCUACACCAGGUUGAACUGUAAAUGUGACGAGGCAUUCCGGCUGUGUCUGAACAAAGCUAACACGAAGACGUCGCGCAGAAUCGGCAAGAUAUACUUCAACGCGCUCGGCACCAAGUGCUACAGACGAGACUACCCUGUCGUAGGCUGCAACACUUACGGAGGAUUGUUCAGAAAGAAAUGUUUGGAGUAUGAUUACGACACGAGGAGCGAACAGAUCUACCAGUGGUUCGACGUCAGGAACUAUGCCAGCUGA